CAAGAAAAAAAAAAGGGGAAAGAAAUGUUCAACUAGGAAUUGGGAUGUCGAGAAAAUAAAAAUCAGCUUGUGGUGCAAAUUCCAUAUCCAUUUCCCUAUAAAUAUAGUAUUAAUCCUCUUAUCCCUUCUUAACUCUGCAUCAGAAGUGACGCCAUGGAAGCUUGCUUUCUCAGCUCCAAUUCCUUCCCCCAAAGCAUCGAGCUUGCGCGCUCCAUCAAAGCAAGAUGCCUCUCCUCCCUCCCCAAAAGAAACCCUAAUUUUUCUCCCUUGAGAAGAGCUUCUUUCCCGUCGUAUAUAACACGCUGCCAAUCACAUUCAUCUUCACCGUUGGACGACGAGAAUAAACCGAUCACCGACACGGAUUGGCGGUCUUUCAGAGCAAGAUUAGUCGCUGGAGAAAAGGUCUCAAGAGCGACAGAGAAGACUUCGUCGUCGCCGUCGGGCAAUCCGGAUACAGCUAUAGAUCAACCUGGUCCAGUCAAGAUCGGUGAGGACUGGGCCCAUACCAUUCACGAACCAGAAAAGGGUUGCCUUCUGAUCGCAACGGAGAAGCUUGAUGGGGUCCACAUUUUCGAACGGACGGUGAUCCUUCUCUUGUCAACUGGGCCGAUGGGCCCGUUCGGAAUCAUCCUCAACCGACCGUCGCUUAUGUCCAUCAAGGAAAUGAAGUCAACGGCGCUGGACGACGCUGGUACUUUCUCCGAUGGGCCGUUGUUCUUCGGUGGGCCGUUGGAGGCUGGGUUGUUUCUGGUGAGCCCAAAAGAAGGAGACAAGUUGGUGGGGAAAAGUGGGGUUUUUAAAGAAGUGAUGAAGGGCUUAUAUUAUGGGACUAAAGAGAGUGUGGGCUGUGCUGCUGAGAUGGUGAAGAGGAAUGUAAUUGGGCUUGAGGAUUUCAGGUUCUUUGAUGGAUAUUGUGGGUGGGAGAAAGAGCAGCUGAAUGAGGAAAUUAGGGCUGGGUAUUGGACUGUAGCUGCUUGUAGCCCAAGUGUGAUUGGUCUUGGUAGGAUUGGAAAUGUUGGGCUUUGGGAAGAAAUUCUCGGGCUCAUGGGCCCUAAGAAGGUCUGGUGAGAAGGCCUAACCCAUGAUUUGGGAGGUGGAUACAUGGUGCACAUCUUCCGAAGGUCAUCUAGAUUUAGAGAUGGUUUAUAAUGAUAUGUAGUGUUGCUCUUGCAAUUUGUAAAUUAUAUAUUCCCAUUUUAUAUCAUUAUUAUGUAAUGGGAGUUUCUUCUUCAAUAAUAACUAUUAAUUGCAGUAUUAUGGUUUGGCAUAAAAAAAAUCCCAGAAAAAUGGGAUUGAAUUAAUUUAAUUGAGAGAAUAAAAUCACAAGUUGACAAAUAUUUUUUUGAGUCAUUGUUUUGUUGGUUGGGAGGACUUUCUUCCUUGCGUAGAGAAAGAUCUCUUAUCUGGGAUGUGGGAUCUCUCUAUUUUCUCACCAGAUACUGGCCCAGCGGAUCUGAAUUUUCAUUUUUAAUUUUGUCUGGAGAUGAUGAUGAUUUUAGUUUUCCUUCAAUGGGGGUUUGAGGAGAUGGGGGCUUUUGUAUUUUGUGUCCUUUAGGUGUUUGUGUUUUUGUUUCCUUGGGAUCGUGUGUUGUUCUGGGUUUCAGGUACUUUUCUUUACCUGUACUGUGAAAUUGUCUGGGAGGCAGAUGGAUUCUUGAGCUCUGGUUUGCUGCCAUCUUGUGGGAGUUCGGUGAGCUUGUAGGCCAGUUCCGAUGAAGAGGUGCUGAAGGAUUGAAUUAUGAGAUAGCAAGGAUAAUUCCAGACUUUUGAUUUUCAUAUCAAUGAAAUAUCAAAUGCAUCCUGUGUUUUUUUCCCCCUGAUUUUGCAGUUUUAUGCUUCUGUGGUACCACACUUUUGUAAGGCAGCUGAUCAUUGAAAUAGUGAAAGAUAAAUCCUCUUCAUUUGUAUUGACUGUAUUCUUUAUUUGUAUUGACUGGAUUCUGAUGCCUCAAUGCAGCUUUCUAUUAGACACGGGAAGGAAAGUAAUUGUUUGAAGCAGGCUGUUGCAAUGUUUGUGGCAUGAAAUUGGUGUUUAUAUUCAAGUAGUUAUUACUGAAUGAAAUAAAUGUUUGAGCUGUUU